CGUGGGGCGGAGGCGCUCGCACCAUGGCCGCGGCCCCGGCUCUCUCCCGGGUCCCGGCGCGCCGGCACUACCGUGUGCAACUGCGCUUCGUCACCGAGGAGCAGCUCUUCGCCGCAGGGCCGCUCUCGCUCCCCGACCCGAAGUCUCUGCGGCUGGAGGUGCACCCGGCAGGGGACGAGGCGGACGCGACGGUGACUGACGCUGAUGGUGUCUGUGUCUUCAAAUGCUCACUCAACAGGGACACUGAAUGUUGCCUUGUGGGGAAGGAGUCCAUCUUAAUUACUCUGGGCUACAGCAGUGCUUUAAUGAAGUUUGAGUCUCAUGCAGAAUUAAACGCGUUUGCAAAUACCUUGAAAAGAUGCCGGAAUGAGAACAAGGAAGAGUCGGUGUUCAGCCAGCGGACAGAAGAGGCAUCUGCGGCCCAAUACUUCCAGUUUUAUGGCUGCCUUUCCCAGCAGCAGAACAUGAUGCAAGACUUUGUGAGAACAGCCACUUACCACAGAGCCGUCCUGCAGAACCAUGUUGACUUUAGAGACAAGGUUGUUCUAGAUGUUGGUUGUGGAUCAGGAAUACUGUCGUUUUUUGCUGUGCAGGCCGGAGCUCGGAGAGUCUAUGCAGUUGAAGCCAGUUCAGUAGCACAGUACGCUGAGAUGCUAGUGAAAAAUAACCACCUUUCAGACAAGAUCAUUGUUUUGCCAGGGAAAAUUGAAGAAAUCUCACUUCCAGAGGCUGUGGAUGUGAUCAUUUCAGAACCAAUGGGAUACAUGCUGUUCAAUGAAAGGAUGCUAGAAAGUUACCUUCAUUCCAAAAAGUGGCUGAAAGCAAAUGGAAUGAUGUUCCCGACUUUCAGCGACAUCCACUUGGCCCCAUUUUCUGACGAACAGCUCUACAUGGAACACUACUCCAGAGCCAACUUUUGGUACCAGCAGUGCUUCUACGGGGUCAACCUGUCCAGUCUCCGGGGCGCUGCCGUGGAUGAAUACUUCAGACAGCCAAUAGUAGACACAUUUGACAGUAGGAUUUUAAUGGCUCGGACAGUCAAGUACACAGUAAACUUUAUGGAUGCAGAAGAGGCAGAUCUCCACAGAGUAGAAAUUCCCUUUGUGUUUCAUAUGGCGCAGUCUGGCCUCAUCCAUGGCCUGGCGUUUUGGUUUGACGUGGCCUUUGUUGGAUCUCUGGUAACGGUUUGGCUGUCGACAGCUCCCACUGAGCCUCUGACUCACUGGUAUCAGGUGCGGUGCCUUCUUCAGACUCCUCUCUUUGCCAAGGAAGGAGAGACCCUCUCAGGGAGAGUGCUGUUUGUCGCUAAUAAACGACAGAGCUAUGACAUUCAGAUUGUAGCGCUGGUAAACCAGACGGGCUUCCGAUCUGGGAACACCCUCGAUUUAAAGAACCCUUUCUUCAGGUUUGCUUAGAAGAUAGUGACAUGCCAAGCCAUAAGUACACGAAGGCCUGAAAAGUCCCAUGACAUGCAAGUUCAUCCUUCAUGUUCCAAACACGUGUUCUAAAUUUUACAAGGAUGUUGAGGUUUAUUUAAAUUCCCUUUUCCCCCUAAUGUUAAAAUGUGCAUCCUAAUUUUACUGACCAAUCUAUUUCUUGGUGCUUUUUUAUCUGGACUGGCUCCUUACAGCUUUCUGCAUGUAACUGAAGAAUACUUUUCUUUUUUGCUAUCUUUUUUUUUUUUAAUUAGUAAACAGCCAACAGCACUGCUUUAAUUGUUGAAGUAUUUAAAAAAAAUUUAACAGAAUCCUACCUCAUGUUUAUAUGUAUGCAUAUGUAUGACAUGACAUAAGAGCAUGUUAGGGGCGAUCUAUUAGCAGUUUUCAUCUGUUUUUGCAAAUAUUUUCAGCACAUCAACAGCUAGUGCCUAGUUCAGCAACGUGUUAAAGAAUUUUUGCCUUCUUCGUGUGAUGUCAGGAAUGUUCUUCAUUGGCAGUAUUUGAUGACUCUGUAUGUAGUUAAGAAAAUGAAGAUGGAACCUUUGUCAGCCCUCAUAGGCUCACAGUGAAAACGUACAGCGUGAGACACCGGGGAGGCCUCUCCUUUACUUUAAGACAUUUGUUACAUGUCACACUUCACAGGGUGAUGAAAAUGGUCUUUCCAAAGAGUGGGUUUCGCUCUGGCCCCCAACCCUUAUGAAAACUGAUGUCACGUCAGCUUGACGAGCUAACGAAGGCCAACAAGCAGCCUGCUCGCUCCGUGAGGGAAACUGGGGUGAAGACCAGCCGCCCAGCCCCUCCGCCAGCCAGUCGCCCACCACCGUCACCCUCCACUCGGGGGCUUCGGCUCCUGUCCGCUCAGUUUAAAUCCUCCCUCCAGCUGCUCCAGCAGCCUUACAUCGCCGCAAAGCCGCCUCACAACACACCCUCUCCAGGUGCCCUGCUGGCCCCCUUCCACACUCUCUAAAACCACCUUUCCUUACCGAACCCUUUCUUGCUGCAUUUUAUCACUCCAUACCCUGAACACACACCUAUCUUUCUCUUCUGUUAACUAGCUCUUUGUGGGUUGGAUCUGACUGAGGUCAGUUCACCUAAUAAUGUUCCACAGCACCUAAGAGUACACCUAGUGCAUGGAAGGUGCUCGAUAGCUGUACAUUGCUAAAUAAAUUUAUCCUGAACUUAAGAG